AUGUUCCCAAAGGGCACGUACGCACCCACCAUGGGCGUCUUUGGCUUUGGCCAGGAUCCGCGUCAAAUGGCGCAGGAUAUCCACUCCAUCUUCAACCCACAGCAGCACCAUCCUCUGCACCAACAAGCUGCGACAACGGGAAUCACCCGGUCGCACGCCGAACCACGCUUCAGCGCGGCUGCCCAUUUUGCUGCCAUGCAGCGAUCCGCCUCGCCGCCGACAUCCCAAUCGUCUCAUACCACAUCAUCCUCGUCGACAACACCCUCGACAGAAGGCGAGUCGGAGGAGAGCGAAGAAGAGUCGACAGAAGACGCUGCAAUCCUAUGUGGUGGCCCGACUAUGAGCCAAAAGUUUUCGCGCGCCUUCAAGAACCUGCGCAAGCUGUCGACUGGCAAAUGA